AUGACGUCCGCUAUGUAUGAUUCGGAUGAUGCUUCUAAUCGAUCGCCUCCGAUGGAGGCGGUGAACCCGAACUAUGGAAGGAGUGAAACGCCACCACCGUUUGUUUCGACUAACGAAAAAGGUGACAAUGCAGCGGGUUCUCGUAAUCCCAACCAGCGGAAACCUCAGAACUCAACCCAUGAGGGCGACCGAGUGCUGAUGGGGUUACUAGCUCCGAACCACCCUGAGAUUGCUGCAACGGCAAGGAUCUCGACAUUGGAACCAUUACCUGGAAAUCUCAAAAAUUAUAAACAACCACUUGACUUUGAUCCCCGAGGAAGGUCCAAUACAUUCAGGGAUGAUCCGUCACGAAAGCCAUCUUUGGAAUUCAAGACAAACUCAGGCUCAGGCUCAGGCUUGGCUUCAAUUAAUGACAUCGGCACCAAACCCUGCCAGAAGAAAUUGACCCCAGCCCCGUUACAGCCUAAACAGCCAGAGGUUGAGGUUAAACAUAAGGUUCAAAGAGGGCGUGUUCAAUCAAUCUGUGGCCUGAGCCAACGAUCCCCACAAGGGUUGCUCUAUCUUAGAACCUCUUCGGAAAUCAAGCCUGAAUUUCCACCUCUCCCAUCACUAAACUUGAUCCAACCACUCGAAAAAUCCCCAGAGAGUAGCAGCAAUAAACAAACGCUGCCAUCCAUCCACAAAGCUAUCAGCGAAUUGUCAGACUUCUGCCCACCGGUCAACACAUUGCCAUCACCCUACCCCUUCUCCUCAUGUCCCGGAUCAACUACAUCAGGGAACGACUCCCCAUUUGACCGCACUUUUCCGGGAAAGUUUUCUAUCCCUCCAAGUCCCUUCUCUCACUUUUCGCCAGUGAGCCUGAAGGACUCAUCAACCAACCCCUCGCCGGCCUCACCGUCGUCCUUCUGGCGCGGAACACCCCAGGCUGAGAUGCUGUCCGUCCAGACCCCAUUUGAGGCUUUCCCUAUGACCGCCAAAAGCCCAGCGACCAGCUACCCUACGCCCACGGAACAGGUUGGCGUUGGUAUGGGUGAUCGGCAUUUGCUCGCUGCGUCCACUCCCCAGGCCAAUGGGGGGCCUGUGGGUAGUUACAAGUGUACACAUCCUGGAUGCACGGCUGCGCCCUUCCAAACUCAGUACCUUCUCAAGUAA